ACGUCUGCUCAGUGCUCAGUAACGGUCAGUUAAAUAAUGUGCGCAUGCGUCAAAUAUAACGCGCCAAAUUUCAAAUCACUAAAAAAUAAUUUUUUUUAUUUCUAAAUAAAUGACAAUCAAAAUGAAUUAAUUUACAUGACAUCGAUUUCUUUGGUUAUCAAAUUCAUUGGAUUUAUUAUAAGUGAAUUAAAUAAAUAAUUUUUUUUUUUUUUUUAAAUGGAUUUAUUUACACUUAUACCUGAAGCAGUCAAUCCAUCUAUCGAUAGUCAGAAAUCAUCGAUUAUUGAACACAAAUGCAAUUUUAUAAAUCAAAAUGAAAAUAAAAGAAAUAUUUUUUUAACAAAUGGAAUUUUUGCUGAUUUUCGUGAAUGGAUUAAAGGACUAUUUAUUUUGUCACGUAAAAAUCCUUUUGCAAGAAAUAUUUUAAAAAGUACUGCUGCUGUUAAUUAUGAAAUUAAUAGACAAAUUAAAUUUUAUCCCUACAUGAUACAUCCAUUUUCUAGAUUUAGAGUAUGUUGGAUUAUUUUCCUUAUUGAUACAAUUUUUUUAUUCGAUAUAAUUCUCACUUUUUUAACUGGCUAUUAUGAUAUUGAGACGAGAAAUGUUAUUUUUGAUCCAAAAAUUGUUGCUCAAAAAUACAUUGGAAGCUAUUUUUUUCUUGAUUUGUUAACAAUAUUUCCGGAAGAACUGAUAGAUUAUCUCAUAUGCGGUAUGGGAGACACUAAAUGGUACAUACCAAUUUUCAAUUUUAUCAAAAUCAUUACCCUUCGUAAUAUUCUUAAAGGUACGGAAUAUUUAAAAAAGACAUUUCAAGUAUCGUUAAAAAAUUACGAAAUAAUUAAAUUGACAUUAAUUAUUUCAAUAACAAUUCAUUGGUCAGCUUGUUUAGAAUAUUAUGUCCCUCAAGCUAUUCUAAAAUCUGGAAAAUUACGAGAACGUAAAAACUCCUGGAUAUUGAGUGAUAUUAUGAUAAAGAAAACAAGUCGAAUAAAAAAAUACAUAUUUUGCCUACAACGAGCAACAACAGCUUUAGUUUCCUCGACACAUAUUUUACCAGUUUUUGCCCUAGAGGAUAUGAUUUUAAAUUUGGUUUUAUCAAUUUUAGGAAGACUUGGAUUUAUUUAUUUAUUAUUUAAAUUUGUUCAAAUCACAAGUCUCGUUUAUUCAUUAAGUAAAAAACGAAAUAAACAUCUUCAACAAUUACGUGAAUUUAUGAAAAAUAAAGAAUUACCGAAAACAAUACAAAAUCGUCUUCUCGCUUAUUAUGAUUAUUAUAAUAAACGAAAUUUUGAUAGAGAAAAAGAUGUUCUUUCUCAAGUUACACCACAUCUUCGUGAAGAACUGAUUUUGCAUAGAUGUAAAAAAUUAUUUGAAACAGUUAUUCUUUUUCAAAAUUUACCACAGUCAGUUGUGAUUAAAAUUGCUGAAUUUAUUGAACCGAAAAUUUAUUUACCCAAUGAUGAAAUUGUUAAAGUAAAUACUCCCGGUGAAACAUUUUUUUACAUUGUUUCCGGAACUGUUGCAGUUUAUUCAAAUAAAGGAAAAGAGAUAUGUCAUUUAGAUGAUGGUUGUUAUUUUGGUGAAAUUGCAUUGGUAAUGGAGAAUGAAAUGCGUAUCGCGAGUGUUUAUACAAUUGAAAGAUGUGAAAUGUUAAUUUUAACUCGAGAGAAUUUUCUCCAAGCAAUAUCAAAUUAUCCAGGUCUUCUUAAUCGUCUACAAAAAAUUGCACUACAAAGAUUGGAAUUUAUUAAUUUACCCGGUGAAUCAAGUACUGAUCAAAAUUCAAUUCCAAUUAAUGUGAACAUUAGCAAUAUUAGAGGAUCUCGAGGAUUAUUUAAUUAGAGAUUU